AUGCAGGACAAGCAGCAAGCACGUAAAGCGCGCUUCAACAUUUACAACAUCCAGAGCAGGGUGCACGACUUGCUGUCAGUGGUGACUGUCACCAAGCGUAUCGUUGCUAGGGACCCCUCUAUCCCAUUGGAAUACGCCGCGCAGCAACUGCGCGAGCAGUCGAAUCGAAAGAACAGACGUAUCAAGUGUAAGCACGCCACCAAAUUUCCAUUUUGA